UCCCAGCACAGCCUGACUAGGUUGCAGAGCGCCACAAAGACACUUUCCUUUCUGCUUCAGCCGACUAAAGUGAUCAGACCGAGGCUCUAGGAUGCCACUUUCUAGCAGCUCCACAUCCUCCACCAAGAGUGUCCGCAGAGCGGCAUCCGAGCUGGAGAGGUCGGAUUCCAUAACGCUAUGUUUUAGGAUCUACCUCGAUUGCAUUGCUGUUCCAAUGCGCUUUUGGAGAUGUAAAGCGCUCCCAUCAAAUACCCAAAGAGACAUCCAAAAAUCUCAGAGGUUCAUCGGUAGACGACAGAGUUUGAUCGAGGAUGCGCGGAAGGAGAGAGAAGCGGCAGCGGCGGAGUCAGCGGAGGCCACUGAGCAGAUCGUGUUUGAGGAGGAGGAUGGAAAGGCGCUUCUGAACAUGUUCUUCACUUUGAGGAACUCCAAAACGCCUGCGCUUUCCAGGACACUCAAAGUCUUCGAGACAUUUGAAGCAAAGAUUCACCACUUGGAGACUCGACCAUCCAGAAGGUUCAGGGAAAACCUUGGGGACCUGGAGUAUUUUGUUCGCUGUGAGCUGCACCUCUCUGAUGUCAGCACUCUGGUCAGCUCUAUUAAGAGAAACGCAGAGGAUGUCAAAACCACCAAAGAAGUCAAAUUUCACUGGUUCCCAAAGAAAAUUGGAGAUCUGGACAGAUGUCAUCAUUUGGUCACAAAAUUUGAUCCAGACCUAGACGAAGACCAUCCUGGCUACAGAGACCCCAUCUACAGGCAGAGAAGAAAACUGAUUGGGGAUAUUGCUUUCACAUAUAAACAUGGGCAACCGAUUCCCAGAGUGGAGUACACAGAGGAGGAGAUUGGCACAUGGCGUCAAGUCUAUUCAAACCUUAGGGAUUUGUACGUCACCCACGCCUGCAAAGAACACCUUGAGGCCUUUCGUCUGCUGGAGAAGCACUGCGGCUACAGUCCAGACAACAUUCCCCAGUUGGAAGACGUGUCAUGCUUCCUUAAAGAACGCACAGGGUUUCAGCUGCGUCCGGUGGCAGGUCUGCUCUCAGCCAGAGACUUUCUGGCAAGUCUUGCAUUUCGUGUGUUCCAGUGUACCCAGUACAUCCGACAUGCUUCAUCUCCUAAUCACUCCCCAGAACCGGACUGUGUCCAUGAACUGCUUGGCCAUGUCCCCAUGCUGGCCGAUCGCACUUUUGCCCAGUUUUCACAGAACCUUGGUCUGGCAUCGCUGGGAGCGUCAGAUGAAGACAUAGAGAAGCUGUCUACUCUUUACUGGUUUACAGUUGAAUAUGGCCUCUGUAAACAAAAUGGUGAAGUAAGGGCUUAUGGAGCCGGGCUGCUUUCUUCCUAUGGAGAGCUUGUGCAUUCUCUCUCUGAUGAACCAGAGGUGCGGGAGUUUGAUCCAGAGGCUGCAGCAGUUCAGCCCUACCAAGACCAGAACUACCAGCCUGUUUACUUUAUUUCAGAAAGUUUUCCAGACGCCAAGGAGAAAUUCAGGACAUACGUAGCAGGUAUCAAGCGUCCCUUCUCAGUCAGGUACGAUCCGUAUACAUGCAGCGUUGAAGUCCUGGACAACCCACUGAAGAUACAAGGAGGUCUGGAGGGAGUAAAAGAUGAGAUCAAGGUGUUAACAGACGCCCUCGCUGUUUUGUCAUGACGAU